AUGGGAAACUCAUGCGGUGGUCGCCUGGGAACUUUCCAUCUGUUUGGUACGUCAGCAUAUUCGUGGGAUCGUGGUUCCGUAACUUGUAUCUUAGCCCAAAAAUGUAACGCUAAGAUUUACAAGCAGGUGGAACCGUUUCUAUGUAAUGAGCAGCAUGGAUUUAGAAGGAGACGAUCAGUCAACACCAACCUGUUAACCAUUGUUGACUAUAUUUCUAAGACACUUGAUCAUGGAGGCCAAGUGGAUGUCUUAUAUUUUGACUUUCGGAGAGCUUUUGAUAGAGUAAAUAAUGACGUACUGCUGGAGAAGCUAAGCGAUGUGGGCUUAACACCUGGACUCCUCAAGUUUAUCGCUGACUACCUGCGUGAUCGUCAGCAGUAUGUCAGGCUCGGCAUUUACGAGUCGCAGCCCUAUCACACGCGUUCAGGAGUCAGUCAAGGAUCAAUACUCGGUCCUCUUCUGUUCAUAUUAAUGAUCAACGACAUCCCCACAGUCAUCAAACAUGCGAAAUGCCUCCUUUACGCUGAUGAUCUGAAGCUUUUCAUGGAGAUUAGAACGGAGGAGGACUGUUUAUUACUUCAGCGUGACAUUGACUCAGUUUUUCAAUGGAGUGUGGACAACAAGAUGGAGUUUAACCCCUUGAAGUGUUCGGCUAUGACCUUCUCACGAGUGCGGCGCCCAGUCAAAUUUGAUUAUAAACUUGACAAGGACACCAUAGCGAGACCGGAUACGUCGAAGGAUUUGGGUGUGACAUUCGACUCAAGGCUCACAUUUCAUGACCAUAUCACUGCGGUAGCUAAGGAGUCAUUUCGACGCCUUGGCUUUGUUCUACGGAAUGCAAAGGAGUUCAAAAACACGACAGUGAUCAAAAUAAUUUUUGGAGCCUUGGUCCGAGCCAAACUUGAGGCGAGUGCUUGUGUAUGGAAUCCACAUGAGACUAAAUACGCGCUUAUGUUGGAAAAAGUUCAAAAAGCCUUCCUAAGAUAUCUUUACAAGCGUAUGUUUGGGUACUACCCUAACAUGUACCCGACAAAAUUUCUUCUUGGUAUUCUGGGAUAUAAUUCCUUAGAAGUAAGAAGAUUGAGAGACCAAUUGGCAAUAAUGUGCAAAAUAUUGAGAGGUUUGGUUGAUGCCCCAGAUUUACACGAGGAGCUAUGUAGAUUUUUUGCGCCUAUCAAGUACCUUCGAAACAGAAAGCACUCGUUGUUUGCUGUUCCGAUGUGUCGCACAGUGGCUCGUUCGAGGUCGCCCAUUCCGCGGUCACUAACCGCGUUCAACGCUCUCCUGGACGCUGAUCCGCACUGUGACCUGUUUGCUGAUGGAUGGAAGAUGAUUUUGUCGGAGUGCCUGAGGUACUGUGAAGUGAAUGCGUGA